GAAAGCAAACGAUUAUCAACGAUAAAAUAUUUUUGGAAAAUUAAUAAACAAAGUAUUACUAAGUCAUUAGAGGAAGAAAAGGAUGGAAUUGUGGUAAUAGAUAAUAACUUAAAGGAUCAUGAAGAUGAUGAUAUUGGAAACAGUAAUUUUUUGGAAUCAGAUAAAAAUUCAUCUUCCACUUCUUCUACAGUAAAAACCGAUUAUCCAUCAAUGAUAAUUUACUUCCUGUUUCUCUUCAUUUUACUUAACGAUAACAAAUAA